CACAAACGUCUUAGAAUCUUUGAUCUUUGUUUUUCUUUAAACAGAAGUGAGAAUCAGCAGUUAUUAGUCAGUUUGUUCACAGCAGUUGAGGCCAGCAGCAGUUCGCAAACGUUCCAACGUUCAGGCAGAGAUACAUUUGGUCACGCCUGCAAGAACCAAGUUUAACAGUAAACCGUUUGAGCAGACCUUUCACCUUUUCACACUUUGAAGAAGAAAGAAGAACCAUCUAUUUGAUUUCAUUAUAUUUUGAGGUGAAAUCUGCUUUACUCUUCUAACUUUUAGUGUAAAUCACUUUGAUGGCAUCAGAGAUGUCUUUCAGAAAUGUCCAGGACAAGUUAGUCCCCGGUGGCUGGCUCUCCUCCAAAUCCUCCAACUACCGAAUUAUAAGUCUUGUCGGAGAAGGGACAUAUGGCAGAGUUGCCAAAUGUGUCCAAAUGGCUGACAAAAAGAUUGUAGCCAUUAAAAUGAUAAAGGAUCGGGACCAAAAAGACCCGUUUAAAAACCAAGAGCUGGCUGCCCUGCAAAAACUUAAAGCCUGCAACUCCAGCAAGUACAAUAUAGUCGAAUGGUACCAGGCUUUUACAGUCUGUGGACAUCUGUGCCUUGAAUUUGAAUUCCUCGAAAAAAGUCUUCUUGACUUAUUGCAAGAAAGAUAUUACAAACCGCUCAGUUUAAAGGCUGUUCGCCCCAUCGUCAUACAGAUAGCUUUAGCUCUUAGCCACCUCAAGUCGAUUGGAACAAUCCAUGCAGACUUGAAAUUAGACAACGUGAUGCUGGUGAAUAAUCCCCAAGAGCCAUACCGAGUUAAACUAAUUGACUUCGGUGUGGCCUGUGAGACCUCAGCUGCCAAGGUGGGCUCAUACAUCCAGACAAGUCCGUACCGGUCUCCGGAGAUUAUUCUGGGGCUUCCUUUUACAGAAGCCAUAGACAUAUGGUCUCUGGGCUGCAUGGCAGUGUCUCUAUACACGGGUUCUUUGCUGUACCCUGGAUACAGUGAAUAUGCCAUACUAAAAUACAUAACAGAGACUCAAGGAGAACUCCCAGAGCAAAUGUUAAACUGUGGGCAAAAGACUGCAAAGUAUUUCUGCAGGGAGUUCAAUUCCGACAACAUCUACCACUGGAAACUCAAGACAACUGAACAAUAUUUCCAGGAGUUUGGGAUUGAGUUUGUUGACAAAAGAGUUAAAAAAUUGAAGUCUCUGUAUGAACUCUUAUAUAACGAGAUCAUUGAAGAUGAGGAUUAUGCAGAUGCAACUGCAAAAAGGUGUGAUGUCCUGAUGUUUGUAGAAAUGGUAAAGCACUUGCUUCACCUCGAUCCCCAAAAACGAAUGACACCCAAUCAGGUCCUUGAGCAUGCCUUUUCAAAACUGAGCCACCUUGCAUGGAUACGCCAGAGUAGCUCCUAUGUUGAGUCCUGCUAUGAGCACAUAAACUACUUAAGGACAAAGAAGAAAGAGACGCCAGGACAGAGUCUCAAUACCAGCAGGACAGAGUCUGCACACAAGCCCACCUCUGACACCAGACAAUCUGCUCAAAGGAACUUCCCUCCCUCUGCAGCAGAGAGAAAAACACUAGUGAUCCCCCACAGCCAAAACGGUUCUCCCCAUUCAACGCAGAGGAACGGCCACAAUUUAGUCAGGUCCAGUCAGAGUGAAAAUGCUGAGACAAUUCCAAAGAAAGCACAGUGUAAAAGAAAGCAUCUGCAGGAAAAUGAAAAGGAUACGAGUCACCCAGAUCUUAAAAGAAAAAAGACUAAUUGGAAAGAUGUGCGCAGAGAAACACUGUACCAACAUGAAAGGUCAGAUCAUGACCAGCAGAAAUGCCACGAUUCUAUGGCUCCAUCCUGCUCAACCACCAGCUACAGGACACAAAAUUCCAUCUUGCCAAUUAAGAGGAAGCCAGAUGAAAACAUCUUUGCGACAUCAAAUAAGAGGGCCAGAACCAACUGCGAAAAC